GGAAACGCGGUGGGUGGGGGACAGUUGUUGUGAAAACAUGGAGGCGGCGGGUCGCGCGGCCGCUGAGCGGCUGUGUGAAGAUGGCGCGGCGGGCUGUCAGUGAUGGGCCGCCUGCCCGCUGCGAGGGGUCGCUGUGAGAGCUCUGAGGACCGCGGACCAUGGAGCACCGGCGGCUGUGGGGGCUGUGGCUGGCGGGGCUGCUCGCGUGCGCGGCGGGCUUCCAGUUUGCAGGAGGUAGCUCAGUCACUCUCCCUGAGUCUUUACUGUUUGUCUCUACACUGGAUGGGAGUCUCCAUGCUGUUAGCAAAAAGACAGGGGACAUUAAAUGGACACUGAAAGAAGAUCCCAUCAUACAGGUUCCGGUUUACUUGCCAGAGCCAGGUUUCCUCCCUGACCCCAAUGAUGGCAGUCUGUAUGUGCUUGGAGGAAAAAACAAAGAGGGCCUUAUGAAACUGCCCUUCACUAUACCAGAGCUAGUCCACUCAUCUCCCUGCAGAAGCUCAGAUGGAAUCCUUUACACAGGUAAAAAACAAGACACAUGGUUUGUAGUGGAUCCUCAGACAGGUGAGAAGCAGACGAGUUUGAGUACUGCUACCUCCGACUCCAUCUGCCCUUCUGCUCCUCUCCUCUACAUCGGACGUACAGAGUACAUGAUCACCAUGUAUGACACGAAAACCCAGGAGCUUAGGUGGAACGCCACCUAUAACGACUACUCUGCGCCUCUUUAUGAUGAUCAGAAAUACGAUUACAAGAUGUCCCACUUUGCAUCCAGUGGGGAUGGUCUGGUGGUGACAGUGGACCGGGACUCAGGCGAUGUUCUGUGGAUGCAGAAGUUCGAUUCUCCUGUGGCCGGGUUCUACUUAUGGACCCAGGACAGCCUGCGGCGAGCACCCCACCUGACUGUGGCCACAGAAACUCUGAGAUAUCUGACCUUCACCGCCCAGAACGCACAGUCGCACACCAUGAGAUGGACCUACCAGUUCACCCAGGAGCAGCACAGCACCAAGACACAGCUGGUUCCUACUCUAUAUGUUGGGAAGUUGGAUUCUCACCUUUAUGCUUCCACCUCUCUUGUGCAUGAAGGAGUCGCUGUAGUGCCUCAUGGCCUCACUCUGGCCCGGAUUGAGGGGCCAAUCACGGCUGGGGUCACGGUGGGUGGUGGGCAGAGCGAAUGUGAAAUCACACCAAGCACUGAUGUGAAGUAUCCACCAGGAAGUCCCAACCCCCUGCAGAACCAGUGGCUACUGAUAGGCCAUCAUGAAGUUCCUCCUCUGGCCCACACUACCAUGCUGAGAGAAUUCCCAGAGAACCUGCAGCGUUCCGGUGACGUCAUCCCCCCUCGCGGUUCUGCUUCCUCAUAUCGAUCUGGACCUCACCCAUCACCACCAGUUAGCCGUAAGAGCUCUUCCCCUGUGCUGCCCGACUCCCUGACCUCUGAUCCUGUGACCUUGAUUGUGGUGACACUGCUACUGGGUGCAUGGCUGGCCUUUUUGCUCACUUUCACACGACAGGUCAGAAAGCCCCAGAGGUCUGUGCAGCCUGCAAAUUCUAGACUCCUGACUGAUCAGACCAGUCAGACCAGUCAAAUUAUACCCAUAGCAACAGAGACGGCCCCCUCAUCCACCUACAGUAACAGCAGUCGCUCGGUCCACAGCGGCUCGGCCUCAUCCAGUCAAACUCCGCAGACUCCCUCAAGCAUUAAAGAGUCUCUUUUACCAGGGACGUCCAGCCAAUCAGAGAGUGUUCAGCCUGAAGUAUUAGAAGUUGGUAAGAUCUCCUUCAGCCCUGCAGAAGUGCUUGGACACGGGACAGAAGGGACAUUCGUGUUUCGGGGUCACUUUGACGGCCGGCGUGUUGCAGUGAAGCGGAUUCUACCUGAGUGUGUGGAGUUUGCUGAGCGGGAGGUGCAGCUGCUGCGGGAGUCUGACGAACACCCCAACGUCAUCCGCUACUUCUGCACUGAACGAGACCGGCAGUUCACAUACAUCGCUAUUGAAUUAUGUGCUGCCACUCUCCAACAGUAUGUUGAAGACCCAGCCUGUCCAUAUUCCAACUUGGAUCCUGUAUCUCUGCUGGAACAGACUAUGUGUGGGCUCAAUCAUCUGCACUCCCUCAACAUUGUUCACAGGGAUUUAAAGCCAAGAAAUAUUCUUCUCUCACUGCCGGGAGUGCUUGGUCGAGUGCGAGCUGUGAUCUCCGAUUUUGGCUUAUGUAAAAAGCUUCCAGACGGACGCCACAGUUUUAGCCUGCGCUCGGGAAUUCCCGGGACCGAGGGCUGGAUCGCUCCAGAGUUACUCGCCAAUGAUUCGGGAGGAAACCCAACGAGUGCAGUGGAUGUGUUCUCAGCUGGCUGCGUCUUUUAUUAUGUGGUGUCCAGAGGACAGCACCCAUUUGGGGACACUCUGCGGCGACAAGCUAACAUCCUCUCUGGAGCCUGCAGCUUAGAGCACUUUAUGGAGGAUUUACACGAGGAUGUGAUUGGGAGAGAUUUAAUUGAGGGAAUGAUAAGUGCUGAUCCGGAGUCCCGCCCCUCCACAGCCUCUAUUUUAAAACAUCCGUUUUUCUGGAGCCCUGAGAAACAGUUGCAGUUCUUUCAGGAUGUCAGUGACCGUAUAGAAAAGGAGCCUCCAGACAGUGCUGUUGUAGUGCGUCUGGAGACAGCAGGUCGAUCAGUUGUCAGAACUAAUUGGAGGAUGCACAUCUCAGCGCCGCUACAGGCAGAUUUGAGAAAAUUCCGCACCUACAAAGGAAACUCUGUGAGAGACCUGCUAAGAGCUAUGAGAAAUAAAAAACAUCAUUACCACGAGCUCCCCCCAGAGGUUCAGAGCGCGCUUGGCGAGGUCCCAGAAGGCUUCGUAUCGUACUUCACCUCCCGUUUCCCGCGGUUACUGCUGCACACGCAUUCUGCUCUCAGCAUCUGUGCCCCAGAGAGACUUUUCCACCCCUACUACCACCACUAAACACACCCACAUAGAGCAUACGUGAAUUAUGAUCAUUCAUUUUGAGGAACGGGGUUUAUUACACUUCUAUAAGUGAAGAGGAUAGGAAGAGCUUGUUGGAAUACACUGGACAGUAAUGAGUGAUUCCGCUUCACUCUUCCUCUACUGAACUGUUACUGCAGACUACUGCGAUUUCUUCAUGACGUGAGAAAUGGACGACUUCUGCGGCUUUUCUUUUCUUUUUGGUGUUUUUGUUUUUAAUUUUCAAUAUUUUUAAGCCAUGAGAUUGAUGCCCACUUUUUCCAAGUGCCUUUUUACACAGAUCCCUGAUCAGAUCAGCUAAACCAGCAGACUUGAAUGAAGGCCUGGAUUGCUUUUGUAUGAUGUUUAAAACACAUGGAAUCCAGAGACCAUUGGACUCUGAUGUGUGAGCAAAGUAUUUAAAGCUGUAUUUGUUGUUCAAGCAGUACAGCAGGAUGUGAUUGCCAUGACAGUGUAACUCCGGCCCUUCUCAAAGACAGUUGGAGGCAUCCUUCUUGAUAUUUAAACUUUAAAUACCCAGAAUUUUUUUUUUUUUUUUUUUUACUUAGCCUUUAUUGAACCAGGUAAAAUCCUAUUCAGAUCACUUAUCUCUUUAACAAGGGAGACCUGGCCACAACUGGCAGCAACAGAGAGUUAACGAAAAUAUACUCAAACAACUACAUACUUAACGAUACAUAAAACGUGUACACAAAGACAGUCUAAACUCAGCUGACUUCACCAUAGCCUUAAAACUGUUCAAAUGGUACAAUCUACAACUGAGUAAUCAGUAGAAAAUGAGAGUAAGUGAGUGAAAUGGCUACAGCAGUCCAAUUUCAAAUCACCAGAGAGAGUUAUCCACACCGCUUACCACUCCAGAGAAACGAAGCUCACUCUGGUUGCCAAGCUGAACCUACACAAACGAGUGCAUGACAGACGAGUUCAGUAACUUUUACCAUGGCAAGCAACAUUAUAAACCAGCUCAUGUGGAUUUUAUCUAAUUUUAUCUGUAGUUAGCUAGCUAGUUUUAUGCACUGCUAGCUGUGUUAGCCUAAGCAAAUUCCAUUAUACUGGAAAAAAGCCCACUGUCCGAAAAUAUACACCCUAGAUUUGAAACUACUGCUUUACAGACCUUAGUAAUAAACUGCUUAGUUUAACCAAUAACAUAAAUCUGCAGCCUGAUCUCAGAUCUCGGUUAUGAACUACCCUCACUGGUUUCUAGCAAAGUCAGUCAUGACUGGAAAUAAACAGAUAAAUAGCUAACUCUAUCUAAAUGCUUGCAAAUGGCCAUGAGUAAUGUUUACUGUUAUUUGUUUUGGACGCAAGAAAUCUCUCAACAUAUAGCCAAUCACAUUCAUAGAAAACUGAGUCAAUACAGAGUCUAACUUUCAGUUUCUGUUGUAUAUUUUUGGCAUACUCAUUACUACACUGUGACUGACUGCUGUUCAUGUUAGCAUGUGUAGCAUGAUUGUGUUAGCCAGCAUAGUCUAUAUCACUUUAGCUAACCGUGCUUAACUAGCUAAGCUAUCUCAGCUGCACACAGACCACUGAUAUGAAUGAGAACACUCAAAUUGAUAAAUUCAUUAAAAUGCCUGUACCUAGUAAGCUGUGAUAAAUGACCUGGCUUGUUCAGAAAAGUA